AUGGUGGCCAGCCAACAGCUGGCCAUGGGCAACGGUUCAAUCAAAGCCCCACUGCCAGAGGACAGAUGCCUGGCCUCCAGCCUCAAGGUGGAGCCUCAGGGCAGCCCAGUGUGGGACACGGAGCCCCUGAGACUCAGGAUAGCCCACCUAGAAGAGCAGCUGGCCCAGAGGGACCAGGAAUUUAAGGCCCAGGAGCUGCAGCUGCAAAGCCUGCAGAGAGAGCUGGAGGCUAAAGUCUCCCAUAUAGAAAAGCUCCAGGAUGCCAUCGGCUACAACAGCCUGAGCCGCUCCGCUCCGGCUCCCAACUACCACAGCCACCGCAUGCUCAGUGUCAUCAACCAGGGUCCCACCCGCUUCCACAGGGUGGCCGUGGAGGUCCACUGCAGGCUCAAGGCCAAGGAGGGCGUGUCGGCCGAGCCCACCUCAGGGCACUUCUGCGGGGGUUUCAGAGCCCAACAUGUGUCCAUAGAGAGGGCCCGUGUCCGCAAGGACUCCAGAGUGUCUGUGCCUCUUAUCUGUGCUCCUCCUGCUCCUAGCACCAAGAAGCUAAUCAAUGACGCCAUCAUGAACAAUGACUUCCUGAAGAAGCUGGAUCCGCAGCACCUGAGGGAGAUGGUGGACUGCAUGUAUGAGAGGAUCUACACUGAUGGCCAAUUGGUCAUCCAGGAGGGAGAAUCAGGGAACUACCUCUAUGUGCUGGCAGAUGGCCUGCUAAAGGUCACGCAGAAUGGCAAAUUGCUUGGAGAGAUGAGUCCCAGGACUGCCUUUGGAGAGUUGGCUAUAUUGUACAACUGUAAGAGAACUGCUACAGUGAAAGCUGUAUCCCAGGCUCAUAUCUGGGCUCUGGAUCGUCAGACCUUCCAGAGUAUUAUGAUGAAGUCUACACAGGCCACACAAGAAGAGUACUUCAGCUUCCUACGCAGUGUAUCUCUGCUGAGAGACCUGCCAGAAGAGAAGCUUUCUAAAAUCGUUGACUGUCUGGAAAUUGACUAUUUUGAUAAAGGAGAGUAUAUCAUUCGGGAGGGCGAAGAAGGGAACACUUUCUUCAUUAUAGCUAAAGGAGAGGUGUGUGUCACCCAGACCACAGAUGGAUGUACUGAGCCGCGGGAGAUAAAGACACUGGGUGUAGGCGACUACUUUGGAGAAAAAGCCCUCAUAAGUGAGGAUGUGCGUUCAGCAAACAUCAUCUCUACUGAGAAUGACACACAGUGCUUGGUGGUGGACAGAGACAACUUCAACCAGAUGGUGGGCACUUAUGAGGAACUGCAGGCGUACCUGAAGAAAUAUGUCGAAGAGCUCUCCCGAUGUGACGAGAGGAGAAAUGCACUGCCCCAUUCCCCCGUUAUCGACUCGUCCCCAGAGGCCCAGGAAGUGCAUCGGCUCAGGGAGAGGAUUGCCGUCCUCCCCACCCAUGACCCCUUCCAGGACCUGGAGGUCAUAGCCACACUGGGCAUGGGUGGGUUCGGCCGAGUAGAGCUGGUGAAACUGAGAGAUGAAGACACUACAUUUGCUCUGAAGUGUAUUAAAAAGAAGCACAUUUUGGACACGAGACAACAGGAGCACAUCUACUCUGAGAGGAACAUCCUUCAGCUGACCAAGUCACACUUCAUAGUCAGGUUGUUUCGGACAUUCCGAGAUGACAAGUAUGUGUACUUGCUACUGGAAGUCUGCCUGGGUGGUGAGCUGUGGAGUGUACUACGGGACAUGAGUUUCUUUGAGGAGCAGACAGCCCGCUUCUGCAUUGCCUGUGUCCUGGAAGCCUUUGACUACCUCCAUGCCAGAGGAAUCAUCUACAGAGACCUGAAACCUGAGAACCUACUACUGGAUGCAGAAGGCUAUGUCAAAAUGGCUGACUUUGGUUUUGCUAAGAGGAUUGGCCUGGGGAAGAAGACAUGGACAUUCUGUGGGACCCCAGAGUAUGUGGCCCCGGAGGUCAUCAUGAACAAGGGCCACGACUUUGGAGCUGACUGCUGGUCUCUAGGGAUCCUCAUCUUUGAGCUGCUGACUGGCAGCCCACCAUUUUCUGGAAGUGACCCUAUAAAGAUCUACACCAUGGUCCUCCAUGGGAUUGAAAAGGUUGACUUCCCCAAGAGGAUCAGCAAGCGCCCUGACGACCUCAUCAGGAGACUCUGCAAGCUCAACCCUGUGGAUAGGCUUGGCAAUAAGAAGAACGGAAUCAUCGACAUUAAGAAACACAAGUGGUUCCAGGGCUUCAACGGGGAGGGGCUGAGAUGCCAGAAGCUCAUAUCCCCACUGAAGAGAGAGCUGAAGGGGCCGAUGGACCACAGCCACUUUGACAUCUUUCCCCCAGAGCUGGAGGAGCCUCCAGAUGAGCUGUCAGGCUGGGACAAGGACUUCUGAGGUGCCAUUUUGAGCCUCUACUCCGCACAGCCAUGUCUCCAGACAGUUGGUGUCACUCUACUACCUGACGCUGGUGUUCCACUACUGCAGUGAGCUGUGCUAUCUGACCUAAAACAAUAGACACCACAGAAGCAGCCUUGACUGAAUACUGUAAUCCCAUUUCUUCCCUGCGGUUGCCAUACUUGCCAUAUAUUUGACAUCAUGAGUGCCUGGCGGUUGCUGCCUUGCAGACGGAGAAGAUCGCCUUUUUUUUGGCUCUUGGCCGGAGGAACAGUGUUUGAAGUGUCACUUGAAACUCUUAUGAGACAGCAAGGACUUUCAUCAAGCGAUUGAUUAACUUUGAGUGCCAAAAACCCUAAUCUAAGUCAAAUUCUUUCCCUCAGACAGAAACUAUUGGGACAAUGGAAGUAAAUAAAAAAGCUUCUUGAUUGUUACAAUUAAAAACCACUGCAUUUCGGCUUUUGGAAUUCUUCAGGGUUUUUACAAAAGCAAAGAAAUAAUGAGGGUUUUAUACAGUACAUUUCAAAAUGGCCUACUAUGGACACUAUAAGAAAACAUACUGUAACAAAAUAUGUGAUUAGUAAAAAAUCUGACCAAUUGUCCUUGACACAUUACACACAAUACAUACACUGCUCAAAAAAUAAAGGGAA